GCGGCUACACCUACGAUGAUCUUAUCUGUCUGCCUGGGCACAUCAACUUCGGUGUGCACGACGUGGCGCUGGGUUCACGAUUUUCCAAGAAGAUCGCGCUGAGAACGCCCAUUGUCUCCAGCCCCAUGGACACGGUGACGGAGUCGAACAUGGCCAUAGCCAUGGCUCUGGAGGGAGGCAUCGGCGUCAUCCACACCAACCUUCCCGUUGAGACUCAGGCCGCCGAGGUAGCGCGGGUGAAGAAGUUCAAGGCGGGUUUCAUUCUGGAGCCUCGCUGCGUUCCGCCCACGAUGACGCUGGAAGAGCUGGACAAGCUCAAGA